AUGCAAUAUUAUUCUCCACGUACGUCAACUACUAUUCGAGAUACAAUGCGCAAUUCCACCGACUAUGCAAUACCACUAGCUGAAUCUGCACGUUCCUCAUCAGUGCCAAGCAUUCCACCAGAACGACGACCCAGCCAAAGCAUCAACUUGGACAAUCGACUACGACAAUUGGAGAAAGAGAAUGAGGAGUUGACGCAUUCCAAUGUGCGCUUAUUACGUGCCAAUCGUAUACUCAAACUGGAUAGUGACCGAGUCGUCGAUGAGCAGGUCAACGAACUCAAGGAGGAGAUCAAGCAUUUGAGAUAUCAAAAUGUACGGCUGCAGCGAAGCAACAGGUUAUUACAAGAGGAUCUUAAUCAGCAUAUUAUGGAAAAGAAUCAGGUGCGUGAAGACCAGAUCAGGAAUAUGAAGACUGUCGGUCCCGAAUACGAAUACCUUGUUCAAAUUAUCAAUCUCUUGUAUCGACAGCUGCAAGGAAAAGCAACAUGCGACAACACGUGCUGUUUUACCGAUAAGCCUUUGAGUGAAGGAUUCUCCGUAUUGACACUACCACCGGAUGACAGCGAUGAACAACAAGCAAAACCACAACACAUUUGUCGACCCUCGAUUCGAUCACAUAUCACAGCUGGAGAUCUUGCCGUUGCCAAGGAACAUGAGAAUGGUCGAUUACGUCAGGAUAUUGAAUCGAUGAAAGCCGAUCGAGAUGCAUUGGAUCAACUCAUACAAGAGAAGGAAGAGGAUAUACAAAUGCUCAAGAACGAGUUGCAAAUGAAGGAUACCAUUGUCUCACAGCUGGAGAAGGAUUUUGAAAGAAUGGAGGUUGAGGUUGUUGAUCUGCAAAAGGAAUGGCGUCACUCUGAUCGAUUCAAAUCAUCAUCAUCGUUUUCUGAUAUCCACGCAUUCCCGACUCCUCCACCCAAAGACAGCCCAGCAUACAAGUUGCCUAUUCCCCCCAGAGAAUAUCUUGCUGAAGUACGGCAAUGA